GCUCGGCGCCCGCCCGGCACUCCCAGCCCAGCCGCGCCGCCGCCGCCCGCAGCCCACUCGGCGGAAACUUCCCGGGGCCCCGCGCUCCGGGGACAGCGCGCCGCCCGGCGACCACCGACGGCCGGGCCCUCCCUCCGCGCGGCGCGGGCUCCGCACCGACUUUCCCGCCGGCCGAGAGCGGGGUCCCGGCGCGGAGCAGGGAGCCUCCUGCGGCGGGAGCGAGCGCGGACUCCGGGGCCGGCAGCGCGCACCCCGCGGAGGCAGCCCGGGCGCCGGCCGGCGGGACCCAGCGGAGCGCGCCCGGCGGCUGCGGAGCCCGGAGCGGCCGCUGAGGGGCGGCCCGGUCCCGGCCCGGCCCGGCCCCGCGCGGCCGUCGCCGGAGGAGCCGGAGCCCGCGAGCCGGACGAGCAGGGAGCUCCGUUUUGGAAGCUGGCAGUCCCCGGGGUCCUCCCGAGACACUGGGGAGGGCUGAGGCCGACCAUGCCCGGCCUGCUGCUGCUCGCCGCUGCGCUGCUCUCCAGCUGGGCGCAGCUCCCGGCCGAAGCCAGCUCCUGGUGGUCGUUAGCUAUGAACCCGGUGCAGAGACCUGAGAUGUUCAUCAUCGGUGCCCAGCCUGUGUGCAGCCAGCUCCCGGGGCUCUCCCCGGGCCAGAGGAAGCUGUGCCAGUUGUACCAGGAGCACAUGGCCUACAUAGGGGAGGGAGCCAAGAUGGGCAUCAAGGAGUGCCAGCACCAGUUCCGGCAGAGGCGGUGGAACUGCAGCACCGUGGACGACACCUCCGUCUUCGGGAGGGUCAUGCAGAUCGGGAGCCGGGAGACGGCCUUCACCUAUGCCGUGAGCGCCGCGGGGGUGGUGAACGCCAUCAGCAGGGCCUGCCGAGAGGGCGAGCUGUCCACAUGCGGCUGCAGCAGGACAGCGAGGCCCAAGGACCUUCCCCGGGACUGGCUGUGGGGCGGCUGUGGGGACAACGUGGAGUACGGCUACCGGUUUGCUAAGGAGUUUGUGGAUGCCCGGGAGCGGGAGAAGAACUUUGCCAAGGGAUCGGAGGAGCAGGGCCGGGUGCUUAUGAACCUGCAGAACAACGAGGCGGGUCGAAGGGCUGUGUAUAAGAUGGCAGACGUAGCCUGCAAAUGCCACGGCGUCUCCGGAUCCUGCAGCCUCAAGACGUGCUGGCUCCAGCUGGCCGAGUUCCGCAAGGUGGGGGACCAGCUGAAGGAGAAGUACGACAGCGCCGCGGCCAUGCGCAUCACCCGCAAAGGCAAGCUGGAGCUGGUCAACAGCCGCUUCAACCAGCCCACCCCGGAGGACCUGGUGUACGUGGACCCCAGCCCCGACUACUGCCUGCGCAACGACACCACGGGCUCCCUGGGCACCCAGGGCCGCCUCUGCAACAAGACCUCGGAGGGCAUGGACGGCUGCGAGCUCAUGUGCUGCGGCCGCGGCUACGACCAGUUCAAGAGCGUCCAGGUGGAGCGCUGCCACUGCAAGUUCCACUGGUGCUGCUUCGUCAAGUGCAGGAAGUGCACGGAGGUGGUCGACCAGCACGUGUGCAAAUAGUCGGGACCGCGCCCCGCCGCCUCUCCGCUGCCUCACAGAAGAUUAUAUAUAUAAAUCUAUAUAAAUCUAUUUUAUAUUUGUAUAAAUGAAUGGAUGGAUGAUAACUAAAGGUGAAAAUGGAAAGAAAAAGCUUAUUUAAGAGAUGCUAGAGGUCUUUGAGGAUUGGACUUUGCAGGUUCUCGGCUCCCAGUGGGUGGGACAGAGGUCUUUUUCCCUCCCUCCAGGGGGGACUCUCAGGAUGUAGGGACUUGAGAACAUCUGCUGUCUAUCCACCAGGGCCUUGAGGGGAGAGGUGGUGGGUAGGAGGAGAUGACUUCGUCUGGAAGUCUGGAGUCUCUGUUGGGUGCAUGACUGCCCUGUAUCUCCAGCCUGAGGGCCUCGAGGCCCUGUGGAAGGCGGCAGGAGCUCAGUUUAGAGUCUGAAGUCUGCAGGGUCUUGCUGAGAAUAUUGACGGGUUCUGUGAGAGGGCCGGUGUUUUCCUACUUUUCCGCUGUGUGCAGACCUGCAGAAAUGAGGGGCAGUCCGACGCCAUCUCUGACCCAGGGCUGCAGAGGGACCCGCACCUCCCUGGGCCUCUUUCCAAUUCUUCCGCCACAGUUCACUAGCUCCUGCCACACGUUCCCUGCACCAGGAGGGAAGGGGCCGUUUGGCCUGACAUGUUAGGAAAGACAUGGACAUGGACCGGAUGCUUGUGCCCGAGCUGCAGGAAGCCGGGUGUGUAGCCGUACUGAAUGAACAUUGCACUGUGCUCCCGCCGGGGAGAGGAACCUUGUGAUGCUGCUGCUGUCACCCCUCCGUCAGCGGAGGCUCAUGAGCGACAGGAUGCAUAGCUAGGUCAGGCUCGGCUGGCCUGGCAUGGUCUCUUCAUCUCUGUCCCAGAUGUACAGCUUCUCUCUGACAUUAAAUUCCCUUCGUUGA